CAGAAAUACAAGUCAAUGAUGAGAAACCAUACAUCAGUGACUACAUUCAUACUUCUGGGACUGACAGAUGAUCCUCAAAUGAACGCUCUGGUGUUUUUUGUUUUGUUUGUCACUUACACACUAAGUGUAACUGGAAACCUGACCAUCAUUGUACUCGUUUUGGAGGAUCCCCGUCUUAAAACUGCCAUGUACUUUUUCCUCAAAAACUUUUCCUUUUUAGAGAUUUCGUUCACUACUGUCUGUAUUCCAAGAUUCCUAUAUAGCCUAUCAACUGGGGAUAAGAGCAUUACCUAUUUUGCUUGUGUUUCUCAAAUGUUUUUAGUCCUCCUCUUGGGAGCUACAGAAUUUUUUCUCCUGGCCCUCAUGUCCUAUGACCGCUAUGUGGCCAUCUGCAAACCCCUGCAUUAUGUGACCAUCAUGAAUAGUAGAGUCUGUGGAAGGCUAGUUUUCUGCUGUUGGACAGCAGGGUUUUUUUUCAUCAUCAUACCACUUAUUCCAGGUCUUUCCCUGGAGUUCUGUAACUCUAAUGUCAUUGAUCAUUUUGCCUGUGAUGCUUCUCCUCUCCUGAAGAUUUCUUGUUCAGACACAUGGGUUGUAGAACAGAUGGCUAUAGUGUUUGCCAUCAUCAUCUUGCUCACAACUCUCCUGUGUGUAGUUCUGUCCUAUUCCCUCAUCAUCAAGACCAUCCUAAAGUUCCCGACUGCUCAGCAAAGGAAGAAAGCCUUUUCUACCUGCUCUUCCCACAUGAUUGUGGUUUCUAUAACUUAUGGGGGUUGUAUCUUCAUUUACAUCAAACCUUCAGCAAAGGAUGAAGUGGCCAUUAAUAAAGGUGUGGCACUGCUCACUACUACCUUUGCCCCUAUGUUAAAUCCAUUUAUUUACACCUUGAGGAACAAGCAAGUGAAACAAGCUUUCAUGGACGUCAUCAAAAGAAUUUCAUUCAUCUUCAAAAAAUGA